AUCCAUAUGUUGGAAAGGAAGGGUGAUGAAGUAGGUACAAUAAAAUUUUUUGGUAAUAACAGUAAUAGAAGAAGAAGAGAUGAAAUACCAAGUGAUAAUAUGAUAGCACGAUUAGAAGCAGAAAUUGCACCACCAACUGGACAAAUUGCGCUAGUUUUUACUGAUAUAAAAAAUUCUACGUUUCUCUGGGAAACAAUGCCAGAAGAAGCAAUGCGUUCUGCAAUUAAAUCUCAUAAUAACAUUAUGCGUCGUCAUCUCCGAAAUAUUGGUGGUUAUGAAGUAAAAACCGAAGGGGAUGCUUUUAUGGUAUCUUUUCCGACAGUAGCAUCAGCACUUUUAUGGUGUUUUACAGUACAGAUUGAGCUUUUGAAAGCUGAUUGGCCAAAAGAAAUAAUUGCAUCAGAAGAUGGAAAAGAAAUUUGUUAUGAGCAUGAUAAGGAAGUGAUAUAUAAAGGUCUAUCAGUUCGAAUGGGUAUACAUUGUGGCACUCCAGUAUUUGAACUUGAUAUAGUAACGAAACGAAUGGAUUAUUUCGGACCUAUGGUUAAUAGAGCUGCAAGAAUUUGUAAUGCAGCAGAUGGUGGACAAAUAUGUGUGAGUUCUGAUGUAGAGUCAGAAAUUAGUGGUUUUAUGCAUGGAGGUUCUGGUAGUAAAAAUAUUGGCGAUGAUGAAGAAGUACAAGGACCGUCAAACAAUGCGGUAGAUAAGAAUGUAAUUACUUUGAAUAAAAUGGGAGUUAUUAUAAAGAAAAUUGGAGAAAAAAAGCUUAAGGGAUUAGAAAAUGCUGAAAUAUUGUCGUUAGUUUUUCCGGAAAGGCUUAAAGGUAGAUUAGAAAAAGAUGUAAUUAUUUUACCUAUUAUUGUUACCUUUAUCUCUUUAUUUUGUUUUCAAAGUCGAAUUUAA